AAUUCAAAAAUGAAAAUUUUAAUUAAAGUUCAUUUACUUCAAGUGACACGCAAACAUCAAAUUUUUAACAAAUUAAAACGUACUUAUUCAACAUUUACAUGGAAGAAGAACACUCCAUCAUGUCAAGACAAACUUGCAACUGCAUAUGUUCCAAAAGAUGUUGAAAAAAAUAAAUAUAAAAAUUGGGAGAAAAAUAAUUAUUUCACACCGAAAUCGAACUCAAAAGAAAAAUUUAGUAUUAUUCUUCCACCACCAAAUGUAACAGGAACAUUACAUUUAGGGCAUGCUUUAACUAUAGCAAUAGAAGAUUCGAUUGUUAGAUGGCAUCGAAUGCGGAAUCAUUCUACACUAUGGAUACCAGGAUUAGAUCAUGCUGGUAUUGCGACCCAAGUGAUUGUCGAAAAGAAGUUAUUAAAUGAAACAAAACAAUCACGACACGAUAUAGGUCGUGGGAAAUUUGUUGAAAAGGUAUGGAAAUGGACACACAAGAAGGCAACCACGAUUGAACAUCAAUUAAGACAAUUAGGUGCAUCAUUAAAUUGGGAUCGAAUGGUAUUUACAAUGGAUCCGCAUCAAACCGAUGCUGUAACUGAAGCGUUCAUACAAUUAUUUAAUAAAGGUUUAAUAUAUCGUUCGAAAUCGUUAGUGAAUUGGUCGUGCACCUUACAAUCAGCUAUUUCAGACAUAGAACUCGAUCAACUUGAUAUAGUAGGACCAACUAAUAUUUAUGUUCCUGGUUACAAAAAACAUAUUCAAUUCGGUGUUCUGCAUAAAUUUGCAUAUAAAAUUCAUAAUUCUGAUGAGGAGUUAGUUGUUAGUACAACAAGACCAGAAACAAUGAUUGGUGAUGUGGCAGUAGCUGUACAUCCUGACGAUGAUCGAUAUUCACAUUUGAGGGGGAAAUAUGUUUGGCAUCCAUUUCGUAAAGAACCAAUUCCAAUAAUAUUCGAUAACUUUGUUGAUCGUGGUUUUGGAACAGGAGCUGUUAAAAUCACACCUGGUCAUGAUCGUAUCGAUUAUGAAGUAGCUAAACGACAUUCUUUACCUUCAUUAGAAAUAAUUGAUGAAAAAGGCUUAAUUAAAAAUGUUAACGAGAGUACAUUGUUAAAUGGUGUCAAACGAUUUGAUGCACGUAAAAUAAUCAUUGAUAAUUUACAUGAAAUGUCAUUGGCACGGGGUCAAGAAGAUCAUAAAAUGAUAUUACCAAUAUGUAGCCGAUCCAAUGAUGUAAUUGAAUAUUUAUUAAAACCGCAAUGGUUUGUCGAUUGUAAGAAUAUGGCGCAAAACGCAAUAGAAGCUGUUCAAACUGGAAAAUUGAUAAUUGAACCGAAAGUAUUUGAACGCAAUUGGUUUGAUUGGUUAACAAAUAUUAGAGAUUGGAAUAUAUCACGACAAUUAUGGUGGGGGCAUCGUAUUCCUGCAUUUCACUGUAGCGAAAUUGAUUCAACUGAAGACAAAUCAGUAUGGAUUGCAGCAAAAAAUGAGAAUUCAGCUAUGAUGAAAGCUGUUAAAAUAUUAGGAACUAAUAAUAUUCGAAUUGUUCAAGACGAAGACGUCUUGGAUACAUGGUUUUCAUCAGGUUUAAUGCCAUUUUCCGUAUUUGGAUGGCCAAAACAGACGAGUGAUUUGAAAGAAUAUUAUCCGUUAAGUAUGAUUGAAACGGGACAUGACAUUUUAUUUUUUUGGGUAGCACGUAUGGUGAUGUUGGGUACAGAGUUAACUGGACAGUUGCCUUUUACUAAGAUAUUACUGCAUGGUAUUAUUUGUGAUGCAGAUGGUCGUAAGAUGUCUAAAAGCUUAGGGAAUGUUAUUUCACCAGAUGAUAUUAUUCAUGGCAUUUCUUUAAAGGAGUUAAAUGGUCAAGUUAGAAAGAAUUAUCAAUCUGGUCUUUUAUCUGAAGCUGAAUUUAAAAAGGCAACGGAUGGACAAGCGAAAAUGUUUCCAAAUGGUAUACCAGCGGGUGGAGCUGAUGCAUUGCGAUUCACAUUAUGUUCACAUAAUAUUAAAAGUCAUUUCAUCAAUUUUAAUGUAGCCGAAUGCAAUACAAAUAGAUUAUUUUGUAAUAAAAUUUGGCAAGCAACAAAAUAUACGCGAAAUGCAAUAGAUUGUAUACAACAAUAUUAUAAGAAUAUACCAUCACCACUUGUAGAAAAAAUUCUCACGAAACAAACAAGAACAAGAGUAGCAGCUGAUUAUAACUCUGAACCAAUAAUAGAAAUAUACGAUAAAUAUACCAGCACCGUUUAUGGUAGUCAAAGUAUAUCGUUAAUGGAUCGAUGGAUUAUGAGCCGACUAACAUAUCUGGUUGAAAUCGUCAAUAAAGCUCUAGAAGAUGCUGAACUUCAUGUUGCCACCGGCGCUUUAAAGACUUUCUUUUAUACAGAAUUUUGUGAUAUAUAUCUGGAGUGUACAAAGCCUGGUUUAAAGAUACUCAAAGAACAAGAAAUUGCAAAAGAAUCAUUGAAUAUCGAAGAAGAAAAAGAAAAUAAUGAUAAAAUUCUUAUAGCUUAUGGCCAUUGCGUUACACUGUCUACAUGCCUUGAGGUUGGGUUACGCUGCCUAGCACCAUUCAUGCCGUAUAUGAGCGAACAUUUAUACCCUCAAAUAUUAUUAGAUGCUACAUCACCACUAGUUACCAACAUUAAUGACGCUAACUUUCCAGUUUUUAAACAAUACAAACAAUGGCGUAAUAUCGAAUUAGAGAAAGAUGUGAAUACCCUAAUGGAAUUGGUAAUUGCAAUACGUCGAAUGAAAAGUAUUAACAUUGAAAUUAUGACAACACCAACGCCACCAGAAACUUCUAUGAACAAGAAACAAAAUCAAGAAAAAUAUUUAGUUUACAUCGAAACAUUGAAUCCAUUAUACAAACAAUAUUUAAAUAUAAUUGAAACAUUAGUUGGUUUAAAAUGUGAAAUUGUUGAUUCAAUUUCCUCAAUCAAUAAUAAUCAAUCACAUAUUGAUAAUAAUAUAAGGAUUAUAUCGGAUACAGUUGGAUCAAAUUGUACAAUAUAUUCAUUUACAACAAAUAAAGAGGAGACAAAUGAUUUAACGUCGAAGAAAGAAAUCAAAUUGAAGAAGGAACUAGAAAAAUUACUUAUGGUCACGACACAGGAAGGAUACAUUUUAAAAGCAUCACAGAAUGUGAAAGAUGCACAUCGUGAAAAAAUUAACAAAUUAACGGAAGAAUUAAAGAAAAUACAAAUAUUAAAAAAACAAUCGAUGUAGAAUUUUGAUUUGAAUAUUUAAAAUAUUUUCAAUUAAAUUUCGACUACCAUGUAGUUAUGUCAAUAUAAAUUAGCCAAUCGUAAUUACGCUUAUGGGCGAUUCC